CACUGGCUUAGCGCAAACACUGGAAUCAAGCUACAGCAACAGAUAAUCCAGCUCUGUCCAAAGCAGAUCAUUUUGAAUCGAGGAGGACUUCAUCACAGCUCCGAAGACAUCCAAUGUAGAGCAGAUCACAAAACAGUCAUCUCUCACAACAUUUCCGAAGAGGCCUCUUCUUAAGUGAGACCUGGUCACAAAAACAAAUCAACAAGCAAAAGGCUUCCAGGGAUGGAGUCGAUGCCCGGACAGCUUCGAGACGCGGGACGAGACGCCAGCUCUUCCCCCAGUUUAAAGCAGCAGGACGCACCGAGCUUCUCCGGGCCCAGCUCCCUCAAACCAAACCAAGUGAGUGAGACGGCGCUGUACGGGGUGCCCAUCGUGUGUCUGGUCAUAGACGGUAAGGAGAGACUCUGCCUGGCGCAGAUUUCUAACACGCUGCUGAAAAACUACAGCUACAACGAGAUACACAACCGCCGCGUCGCUCUUGGCAUCACCUGUGUGCAGUGCACCCCCGUGCAGCUGGAGCUCCUGCGGCGCGCCGGGGCCAUGCCCAUCUCCUCCAGGCGCUGUGGCAUGAUCACCAAACGGGAGGCUGAGCGGCUCUGUAAGUCCUUCCUGGGGGCGCACAGCCCGCCAAAACUCCCAGAAAAUUUCGCAUUUGACGUGUCUCAUGAUUGCGCCUGGGGCUCCAGGGGCAGCUUCAUCCCCGCCAGAUACAACAGCUCCAGAGCAAAGUGCAUCAAGUGCAGCUUUUGCAACAUGUAUUUCUCCCCGAAUAAGUUCAUUUUCCACUCUCAUCGCACCCCAGACUCCAAGUACCUGCAGCCGGACGCUGCCAACUUCAACUCGUGGAGACGCCACCUGAAACUGACGGACAAAAAGCAAUCCGAGGACAUUCAUCACGCGUGGGAGGAUGUAAAGGCCAUGUUCAACGGGGGGAGCAGAAAGAGGACUCUGCCCAUGAGCGGGUCAGGGGUGUCCUCGUCGAUGAAAUCACAAGCCUCGUCCACUUUGGCCCAAACCAGCUCCCCUGAGAUCCCUCACAAAACUUUACGGUGCGACGAGGAUCAGGGAAACAAUAGUUUGGCGAGCGGCGCACGGACCUACCCAGUAAUCCCGGUGCCCAGCAAGAACUUUAGCAUGCUCCAGAAAAUCCCCCCACCUCUGUUCCCCCACCACCCGUACGGCUUCCCCAGCUACGGGCUGUGUCAGAAAAAGAGCGACGGUGUGCCCGAUGCGAACAAGAACAACGUCUCCGGUGUGUUCUGGCCUGGCGCAAAGGACGCGCUCUACCCUGCCUUCCCCAUGUUUUGGCCCACAGCCGGCGGCCUUCCUAUGCCGCCCUACCCGGGCUCUCCACCCAAACCUCUCCCAGAGCUGCAAGGCGUCCGGCAGGGAGAGCUCGACCUAUCGGACCAAAGCGACCGGGGCGCAAAUACACCCAAAGACACCAACCACCUCCCUCACCACCAGCAGGACAGCGGAGAGCGCUGCUCCAGCUCCCAGUCCUCCUCCACAAGGAACGACGAGGACAAAUCCGGGGACGAGACCCCUCAGAGGAAGAUCAGCUACAUCUCGGCCUUCAGACCGGUCGUAAAAGACGCGGAGACCAUCGCCAAACUCUACGGUAACCGGGACAGCUACGGCGUGCGCCCUGGCUACCUGUCCCCGGAUUUUAUCAGCGAGAGCUCCAGUUACAGAUCGAUAUCACCGGACAGGGACAGCGUGGAGGACGACGACGACGACCCGGACGUGGAUGUGGAGUCCAACCGGGGUCAAGAUGAGGAGGAGACGAUCCAAAUCUCCCCAGGAGGAGAGCACCGUGACUCCCCUGCGCCGGAGCAGGUAUCCUCGGAGGAGAGACAGGAGCAGGCUGAUGCGUCCUGCAGUCCCUCAGCAGCAGCAGCAUCACCGGAGGACACCGUGCUCACAGGGUCAUCAGAUGAGGACAGACGGAUGCGUAAUGGCUCUCCUCUUCAUGAAGUGUACGCUCAUGAAAAGGACGGCCACGUGCUCUUGAACGAGCCGUCGUCGUUUGGGUCGAAACACUCGAGCAGCCCCCGCAGAUCCAACGGUGCUCAACACGUGUCUGAAAUACGCAACUACCAGGAGCAAAAGGACAGACAAGCCGAUGGAGCUUUACGCAUCGACAUCAGCGUGCAUGAAAGAGAUCUGGAGAACAUGGCUAAAGAGGAAUUGCAAAAGCAGCUUGUGGAACAAGUGGAGUUGAGGAAAAAGUUGGAGAGAGAAUUUCAGCAUUUAAAAGAUAAUUUUCAGGAUCAAAUGAAGCGUGAGCUGUCCUACAGAGAGGAAAUGGUCCAGCAGCUGCAGAUUGUUCGAGACACUUUGUGCAGCGAGUUGGACCAAGAGAGAAAGGCUCGUUAUGCAAUACAGCAGAAGCUAAAAGAAGCUCAUGAUGCCCUUCACCAUUUCUCCUGCAAGAUGCUCACCCCUCGCCAGUGCACCGGAGCCUGCACCUUCAAACCUCCGCUGCUGCCUCCCUAGUGCCCGGCACGACCCCCGCACCUGACCUCAGCACAGCCAAAAAAAUAAAAAACACACACAGGUCCGCCUCAACAGCUCUCAUGUGUUCACCUCCCACCUGUAAGGAUUACCAACCUGCUGUAGAUACACUGAUUUUAGCACUUGAUGAAGACUCGGAGAAGGUUUCGACCUCUCCUCCCCAAAAACUGAACUCUGGAGUAAAAGAGAUUUUAAUUCCUUUUUGUUGUGAGUCAAAGGAUUGUUGAUCUGAAGCUCAAACCAAGGAGUGUCUCUGAAUCAAACUGCUCUUUAGCUACUCUGAGAAUUAAAAAAAACAACACUAUAUACAUAUACAUAUAAAUAUAUAUCACGUGACGAUGUGCAAUGGCUCGUAUAAUUGUGAUAUUA